AUCAAAAGAGUUUCAGUUCCUUGUUAUUCAAUUUCUCUGCAGUUCUCCAAAAUCCAAAUCUCUGAGUUCGAAUACUAUGAUGGAAGGAGGGGAUCGAGGUCGUGUUCCAAGACGAAUAGGUACGAACCCAAAUAACGAAAAACUAGUCACUAUACUCAGCAUCGAUGGAGGAGGAGUUAGAGGCAUCAUUCCAGCAACCAUUCUCGCCUUCCUCGAGUCUCGCCUUCAGGAGCUUGAUGGGGAGCAAGCAAGGAUUGCAGACUACUUUGACUUGAUUGCUGGGACGAGCACAGGAGGGCUCAUCACAGCCUUGCUUACUACACCAAACCAGAACCAUCGCCCACUCUGCGCCGCUAAAGAUAUCAAAGCCUUCUACUUCAAAGAAUGCCCCAAAAUCUUUUCUGAAGAAGCCAGGCCUACCAAACAUGCCAUUGGAGGGCUUAGAUUCCCAUGGGUAGAUGAAGCCAAGUGGAAAUCCACAGGGAUUUGGAAGAAGAUCAUUGGGACAACAUAUGUGUCAAUCAAGCUUUUCAUGGCAUGGUUAUUUACGGCUGUGUUUCAACCCAAAUAUGAUGGCAAGUAUCUUCAUAAUAUGAUCAAAGAAACGCUUGGCCAAACCCGCUUGGGAGACACUCUAACAGCUGUGUUAAUCCCAAGUUUUGAUAUCAAAUUCCUCAACCCAAUCUUCUUCUCUACCUCUCAGGGGAGAAGAGAUGUGUCUAAGAAUGUGCUUCUGUCGGAUGCUGUAAUCAGCUCAUCUGCAGCCCCAUAUUAUCUUCCUCCAUAUUGUUUCGAAGCUUUUUCCAGGAAAUACAACCUUGUAGAUGGUGGCGUCGCUGCCAAUAAUCCUACAUUGCUUGCAAUACGUGAAGCAACAAAGAUGAACGGAGAACAAGACCCAAGCUCGUCUAUCGACUACAGAGGAUAUCUGGUUCUAUCUCUCGGUACUGGAGCAGCAAAACGAGAUGGGUAUGAGGUACAAGAGGGCAAUUGGGGCUUAUUCGAUUGGUUUACCAGUAAAGGAACCGCACCUUUACUAGACAUUUUCUUCACUGCCAUGGAUGACAUGGUUCAGAUAUACCUCUCAUUUAUCUUCCAAGGCCACCAUUGCCGAUCCAACUAUCUACGAAUUCAGGAUGAAACCUUGAAGACCGAUGAAGCCUCAACAGAUGAUUCAAGCUUGAAAUGCCUUAUGAAGCUAGAGAAGUUUGCGAACGAUCUUCUUGACAAACCUGUUUUGAUUACAAACUCUGAGACUGGUCUGCUAGAACCGAUGCCUGGUGGCCGAAUUAACAAACAUGCCCUGAUUGAGUUUGCUCAGAGAUUGUCCAUUGAAAGGAGGAGGAGAAACAGGGCAGCGGUCUACUAAUCCAUUGCAGGGCAGGCACAUGAAA